GAACCGAGAAAAAAAAAAUUAAAAACAAAUACAACUCGAAAUUCAUACGCUAUAUAAAGCGGCUGCCUCUGACUUUCUUUUACAACUCAAAUUCACCAGUUUUUGUCAACGCAAUUUUUCAUGACCUGAAAUCGCAUCACACAGAAGAGAAGGAACAGAAGAAAUCCAAUCGAAAAAAGCUUGCGCCUGAUUCCGGUGAAUAUGGCGAUAGCCGACAGCCAUAACCACCAGAGCAACAAGAAGUGGCGGCUUUGUCCGUUCUGGCAGUCUGCGACGGCGUCUUCUUCUUCUUCUUCUACUAAUAAUCUUUACAAUCAGUCGCAGAACCACAGCCAUCAAAACGGCGGUGUUGCUUCCAGCACUCGUUCCUCAACCGUAUCCUCCGUUGCCAGAUCGCUUCUUCCUGCGCGGCGGAGGCUCCGCCUCGAUCCUUCCAACAACCUCUACUUCCCUUAUGAACCUGGAAAGCAGGUGAGGAGUGCUGUUAGGAUUAAGAAUUCCAGCAAGUCUCAUGUUGCAUUCAAGUUUCAAACAACUGCACCAAAGAGUUGUUAUAUGAGACCACCUGGAGGUAUCCUUGCUCCUGGAGAAGACCUCAUAGCUACUGUAUUCAAGUUUGUGGAGCAACCAGAGAACAAUGAAAAACCUAUAAAUCAGAAGAGCAAGGUUAAGUUCAAGAUUAUGAGUCUUAAGGUGAAAGAAGGAACAGAUUACGUGCCUGAGUUGUUUGAUGAGCAAAGGGAUCAAGUAACUGUUGAACGCAUAUUGCGGGUGGUUUUAGUGGACCCGGAUCGUGCUAAUCCUGCACUUGAAAAACUGAAGCGUCAAUUGGCUGAAGCUGAUGCUGCCUUGGAAGCUCGCAAGAAGCCUCCAGCAGAAACAGGCCCACGUGUGGUUGGGGAAGGUCUUGUUAUAGACGAAUGGAAAGAACGACGAGAGAAAUAUCUUGCUCGGCAGCAGGUCGAGGCAGUAGAUUCAGUGUGAAGUGCAGGAUUUGCCUUCUGAUGAUUCUCGAUGGAACUUAUGAACCAUACCUCCAUCUGCAUUAGGUGGCUGAGGUGUGAUGGUCAAGGGCAAUUCUCAAUGCCAAAUGUAAGAAAAGAAUAAUGUGAGCGGAGUUCGUUGUUAUUGAGGUAAAUGUAUGUCUUAGGAAUCGGCCUCUCUUGAUUUCUUUCUUGUAAAUAUUUUUCGUUUGGUUCAAAAAUUAACUUUUCAUUAUCUAGAAGGCAACCCGACAAGGAUUACGUAUCCAGUAUCAGUACUUGGGGAGUGAACAUUUGGAGAUUAAAGUUCAUUACUUACAACUGUUUUAAUGCUUUUAAAAUUAUCUCUACAUUAGUUA